AUGGCCGUCAUCGUCUGGGCAUGCACAACCCUGUGCUUGGUCUCCUACGCAGCCGCCUUCUCACAUGGCGCCAGCCUUUCUGCCUGUGCUGACAUGAUGCCCAAGCACCUGAGAGCGCAGCUGCACAGCCCCAACAACAACUACGUUACUGUCCACACCAACAUGUCCUUCUACUUCCCAGGGGACAAGGUUCCAGUGACAGUGAGGAGCACCCGGGAUUUUAUGGGCUUUUUGCUUCAAGCUCGCAAAGUGUCUAAUGAUGAAAUUGCUGGCACAUUCGUCUUCAUUCCUCCUGGUUCCAAGCUGCUGACUUGUUUUGAAGAUGGUGACACCGUCACCCACUCAGACAAGUCACUGAAGAGAAACCUGUCCUUCGUGUGGAAAGCACCAGACCAACCCAUCGGAGACAUCAAGUUUUUCAUCUCCGUAGUCCAGUCAUACUUCGUUUACUGGGCAAAGAUCGAAUCUGCUAUCGUGGCUCAGCGAGGGCAAUACAAAACGCUUGCUGGAAGUGGCAAGAAGCCCGACGCCGUGAGCCCCGAGCCCCGGCAAGGACCGGCCGACCCACACCCCACCUGGAUGGCGAGCAAAGGUCUCACCUCUCCCGUGGCUGCCACUGGCUCCCCACAACGCACACCCACGCCUCCUGCCAGCCCCACUGCCAUCGCGGAAACGCCGGCACCGGAGCCAGGUUUUGGUAUGGGGUCAGAUGCUCGUCCCGAUGCUGAGCCAAAGGAGCUGGCCCGGCCUUCACGGGCUGUGUCCAGUGGGAGCGGUGAGUCCAGCAUUCAGGGGCUGGAGCCGUCUCUCCCCACCCGAGACCCUGGCACGGCGGAUGCCUUGCGAGGUUUCAUCUCCCAGGACAAUGCCUCCAGCUACAGCACCUCCGACAGAGCAGGACGCGUUGCCAGCGCUGCCACCCCACGCUUGUGCCUGAUGUGUAAAGACAAGGGGCAGGCCAGUACCGAGAGCAGGACCAUCUUGAAAGUCUCCCCACCUGCGACAGUUUCUCCUUCUGCCCCGCACGUACACACUCACCGGGGUGACGCCGCUGUGACAACGGCCUGGUUUGGCGAUGCUGACGCUGCUGGCAAUUUGUCAUCGGCUUCAAGGCAAAUGGCAGAAAGAAAGCUGGCACCGCAGCCAGAGGUGGCAAACGCCAGGGACGAGGAGGAGAAGGAGGAGGAGGCGGCGGCGGGUGGGAAUACCCUGCCAUGGGUGACCAGACCAGCUCCCAAAUCUGCUGUUCCUGGGAAGGGGGAAGACCCCGGCAGAGGGACCCGACUCCUAGCAGCCCAACUCGGCAUCCUCCUGGUCUGCACGGCCGCCCUGGGCCUGGCGUUGGCAGCUGCCGUGCGCUGUGUCUGUGCCCAGCAUUGCCACAAGCGGACAGAGGUCUCCUUCAGCGAGCCGGACCCCGACGUCAUCGCCAUCCAAGAAAACGGGGAGGUGAUGCACUUCCGAAAGAUCCGGGAGAACAGCUUCGUGCUGGUGCAAGCCGAGUACAACUGGGUCAGCCCCUCAAGCAGCGGGAAGAAGACAAUCAUCUGAACCUCUGCGACGCCGAAAGCAGGGCUAUGCCGGCCGGUGGAGGUGGAAACAGCCCGGACUGCAGAGCACAGGGUGUAGGAAGUGGUGGGGUAGUUCCUCUAUGUGCCACCACAUAGGUAAAUGAACUCGAAGCAGCCAGUUCAGACAGAGGUGUUAGGCAAAAGUAUCUAAGCUCCAGCUGCUAAGAAAAUAGAAGUUGAUAGAUUGUUUGGUAUGUUACGCUUACCGCAAUUAAUAUUGUAUAUCUACUCAUUAGCUGUCACUGCAGCCAUGACAUAUGCUUCCUCUAUUGCCUUAAGGGUAUAGCCAAAAAUAGAAAUUCUUCCUCGGCACUGUAGUAUCCUCUCCUGUUUAAUCUCAACAAAAGUUUCUAGGGUUAUAUUUCUUUCUAGGAACUAGAAACCCCUGAUAUAAACCCAACCAUUCCCAUUUAGGAGCUUACAGGUUUGAUUCUGUGCACUUGGUAUCUCUCAGAUGACAAAAUACUUGCCGG